CCUGGAGUCACUCCUCAUCAGAAGCAAGUGAAAGAAAGCUAGCCUUAUCCCAAGGCCUGCAUUUAACUCAAGGAAGUGUUCCUCGCUGUGCAGAUUCAGUGACCCACCAUGUCUGACAAACCAGAUUUCGCAGAAAUUGAAACGUUUGAUAAGACCAAGCUGAAGAAGACAGAAACAAGAGAGAAAAAUCCAUUGCCCACCAAAGAAACUAUCGAACAAGAAAAGCAAAGUGAGAACGCAUCCUGAGCGUCAGAGAGAUGAUGUGACUGCUGCUUCUUCGGUGGGGUUUGGGCUUCUGUGCCGGGUUUUGUUCUGUUUUGUUUGCCCUCCCUUCCACUUUCCCCUCAGUGCUCAUUAUCCAUUUCAUUUAUUUCAUUUAGCAAACACUCCUUUCAUGUUCCCAGGAAGAAGUUUGUUUUGUAUGUGUUGCUCUGUAUUCUUAAAAUGGGAAUUCAAAGUUCUGUACCACACCCAUCACUUGAAAAAAAAAAACAAAAAAAAACACCAACUGCAUAAAAAUG